GGGCCUGAAGUUCAUGCUGGUGUUGCUGCAGAGCAUCUCCGACGGCGAGCGGGACGAGGAGCAUCCCAACCUCAUCCGGGUGAACGCGAUGAAGGCGUACGAGAUCGCGCUGAAGAAGUACCACGGCUGGAUGCUGCAGAAGCUCUUCAUGGGCUCAGUCUACGCUCUCCCAUACAAAUCAGAUUUGCUGAAGGCGUUAGAAAAGGGAAAAGAAGUCAAAGAGGAGGAAAGCAUCGAGAAAAUCCGUCAGUUCCUCUCCAGGGUCACCCCCAUCCUGGACGCCGUUUAUGAGAUGUACACGAAGAUGAACGCGGAGCUGAGCUACAAAGCCUGA